CAUUCUGAUGGCAAACAACGCGAAGCCAAGUCUAGGUUCCACCUGGAGAUAUGCAACGGAUCUUCAGCUUUAUAUCACGCGAAUGAGUCGCUCCUCUGACCAGCAAUCGGUUGAGUCCUUGGUUAAGAACGAGAACGGUGGAGGGAACAACGACGAGGGCGCAGAACAAGACGCCAGUGGAAAUAAUGGGCCAUCGAGACUGGCAGAGAUCAUGAAGUCUAAACAUCUUAAAAUCGGUGAAUGGUGUCUUUUCGACCUCGCACUCUAGGGGGUUUAUUGGCGGGCAGAGGGUCUCCUGGAUAUAGAAUUCUUGAAACUCAAAAGCGGAUGCUGCUUCAUCCUUUCCACACUCUCGAGGUGUCCCUCGCCAAGACAUACGCGCCGCUACAUGCUUUUCAGCCGGCUGCAGUGGUAGCGGUGAUAUCGAAUCACUCUGUUACCGAUGGUGCUUUCCUAUUUAUCAUACACAACCGCAGUAUGAAAGCCAGCCCCAAGAGAGACAAGCCCGAGGAGGAAGAGCCCGCAUUGACCGAGGAAAAACGCAAAUUCAAAAGAGUCGAACCAUCCGCUGAUACGGAAUUCGACAUUGAUAUCGUCCCCGAGGAUGGAAUCGGCAUCAAGACCAUGAACACUGCCUACAAUGGAUCGUCCUUAUUAGCACUAGUCACACCAACGUCUAUGCCCACGAGCGCCAAUCAACCCUGUUCAUCCCAAUGUUCUCCGCAACAGCUUUCGACGGCUGACGACCAUUACCCCGAGCAGGCUCAGAUACAUCCCCAUUCAUAUCACGACAACCAUAUCCAUACCGUUGAAAGCAUCUCGUUCGUCAACCUGUGCAACACCGAGUUCUCGUCCACGCACCUGCUCAUCAGACCUCAUUACCCGUACCAACUCCCUCUUGAGCUGUGGGAAGUAGUCGCGUCCCAUCUUUAUCCCUCCCAAUUGACGAGGUUAUCGCAAACAUGUAAAGCUCUAUACGGCGUGGUGGCGCGUCUGUCGUUGUGGCGUCUCUGGUACGAGAACCUGUUUGAAGCUGGUCAAUUCGGCGGUCUCGCUUCAGCCCCUUUUUAUCCGCCGGAUCUGCAUCAAGCGGCAAACAUGUUGUAUAUCUGCGCGAGGAGCUUCAGGAUCUGCGAGGAGUGCGCCUGCUUCUGCAAAGAAUGGCAUUGCCUUGGAAUGUUGAUGCAGCUCCCGUUGUCUGUCACUAUGCCGCCCUCGACCGCGCUGUCUCCAUCUUCCUGCUCGCUUUCAUCGACAUCGACAUCGACAUCAUCAUCGUUGUCGUUGGCACUACCACCUGCACAGCCAGACAAUGACCAAGCCCACGAGGCGGGGACACCGUGGAGCAUCCGGAUGUGCCUCAGAUGUAGGCAGAAGUAUUACGCUGAGCAUCCAGAACCGGAGCUCAUCAAGCCAGAUAUAGACGAGUAUCUGUCCCUGCACGAGAUGAAGUCUCGGUUCGGUUUCGGAAAACGGAAAGGCAAAAGAGUAUGGGGCAGAAGGAUCAGAAAUAUGCCAGGCCAGAUAAUGAUUGAAUACCCUCUCCACGGGAUCUGGAUGAUCGCCAGGGCAGAGUAUGGUGGGGACGUGGGAAUCAACUCCCUGGAUUGGGACCACGAACCUUCUCUGGCGAAAGAAGACGAAAGAAUCCGGUAUCUGGACCGGAAGGCAGUCAAUAUGAAGAUUGUCCAUGGCCCUGUCGUAAAGGAGUUUUUGGAAGCGAAGAGGCAGCAUUGUCUUGCUGAUGCCCUUAAACGACGAGCGUCUGGACAAACUGAGGGAGUUACAAUUACAUGCGGAGGAGGAACGGUUGGCGAAAGGAACAGAGGAAGGCACUUCAGAAUGACGAGAAUAGUUAUUAGCUUUGGGCGCAGCAGAACUAGAACCAGGACCAGUGGACCUAUCGUAUCACCAUAACUGGGAUUAGGGCAGGAGCGAAGUGGACAUGUCCUUGUUGUGCAUGGCACAUUGCUCGCUGUCCC